UCCAACAGUGGGCACCGGCACAUGGACAAAGUUGGAGACAAAGUUUGGAGAUAUGAUACUUUCUACAAAAAAACUAUUUAAGGUGAAUCGGUGCUUAUUUAUUUUCAGGUAGUCGGGGGAACCCUCAAAAACAAUAGCAAAACACGUUUUUUUUAAUUGAUCAACAUUACAUCAAAAGUUAAAUGAACAAACAUCCUCGCUUGCGGUCCGUUACGCACUCCUUUAUGUCGGUUUUUCUGCAAGACGUCCAUGCCUCCGCGCUGCUUCUCAUUCAUUCGGCAGAGAAGAGCAGCCCGCAUCCGAGCAUACAAUGAAGCAGUGUGUCCUUGUCCGACACAAUGCAGCAAGAUGCUACGAAGCGGACGACACUCUUUCUCGCAAGACUCGGGACGUUUUCGCUCGAUUGCAGAGAGAGAGAUCAGCUUGAGAAUGAAGCUUUAGCCUCUGCAUGACAAGCUAUGAGCAACACACAGACUAUACUCUAGACGUCCAAUUACAAAGCCAGAACUCAAGAAUGAAGACCAAAUAUGCAAUUAUCUUCAUCUGUAUCGUGGCCCUGGUCAUCAUUGAAAAGGAAAGCAACAUCCUGUCAAGAGUCUCUGAUAAACUGAUCCAGAGGCAGGCCCCACAGCAGACCCCACAGCCUCCACUGGAUUAUAGCAACACAACACAAAAUGUCUCCCUGACGAUGCUGAAAAUGCUGCUCUCUAAACUCAUCGGUACAGUUGGGUACAACUCAAGUCUCUCUGAGGAGCAAGAAGAGGAAGAACUAGAUGAUUUAGGCACGUACAGCUUCAGCGGUGGCCGUAAGCACAUAUUACUUUUGGCUACAACACGGACAGGUUCCUCAUUUGUUGGGGAACUUUUCAACCAACACGGGGAGGACAUGUUCUACCUGUUUGAGCCUUUGUGGCACGUGGAGCGCAUGCUGACCACAGCCUCAGAGUCAAACAACGGGACAGUGUUGUCAGGAAUCUACCGGGAUGUGCUCCAGGGGCUCUUUCUGUGCGAUUUCUCUCUCCUUGAGAAGUACAUCGCCCCCCCACCUAAGGACCACGUCACCCCGGCUCUUUUCCGCAGAGAGUCUAGUUUAUCCCUCUGUGAAGAAUCUGUCUGCAGUCCUGUAGUCAAAUAUGUUUUUGAAAGGUUUCACUGUAAGACUCGUCGCUGUGGGCCGCUGAACUUGACCCUUGCAACUGAUUCCUGCCUUUCGAAGCAGCACCACGCCGUUAAGACUGUCCGUGUGCGCCAGCUGGACACGUUGCAGCCUUUAGUGGAGGAUCGCCGUCUGGACGUUAGAAUUAUCCAGCUUGUCCGAGAUCCACGGGCCAUCUUAGCAUCACGCAUGGUGGCUUUCUCUUCGAAGUACCAGACGUGGAAGACCUGGGCGCAGGACGGCCAGGUGCCCGAAGAUGACGAGGAGGUAAAGAGGCUCAAAGCAAACUGCGACCAGAUUAGGAUGUCAGCAGAGGUGGGACUGAGCCAACCUCGCUGGCUGAGGAGACGCUACAUGUUGGUGCGCUAUGAGGAUAUUGCCCGCUACCCCAUGCAGAAGGCAGAGGAGAUGUACAGGUUCACAGGGAUACCAUUCAGUCCCCAAGCUCGGGAGUGGAUCCUGAGGAACACACAGACCAUGCAGGAAGCUAGCGGGAUUUAUUCCACCCAGAAGAACUCAUCAGAGCAGGCAGAGAAAUGGAGAUUCAGCAUUCCCUUCACACUGGCUCAGGUAGUGCAGAGGGUGUGUGGACCCACAAUGGAGCUGUUUGGGUACAGAUUUGUGGAUGAUGAAAAGACACUGAUGAAUAAGUCCAUCAGUUUACUCGAAGAGAAGCUCUUUCUUUAAUCCAGAGGUAAAAAAUGAAGCUGAGAAUCUGGAAAACAUUUCAUGCAAUGGAUCCAAACCAGGAAAAGACAUUAUUGCACGGGCCAAAACUAGUAUGCAAAGGUGCCAGGAGACACAACAUGUUUUACUUGGGACAGUAAGCUAUUGGCCAUACAAUAAUAUUCACUCUCACCAAUGAUGUGCCUCAUUAAUACAAAUGACGAGCCACUUAAGAAAGAGAAGUAUUUAUUUGUGUUCUGCGUUCACUGAGAGGCCUGGUAUUUAAGCUUUACUUGGCGCUUUAAAUUUAGUUUUAAAUUUAAAAAAAGGCUUAGAUGUCAAGCCUGACUUGAAAGGGAUUAUUAUGUCAUAUUUUAUUGAUAGUUGAUCAUCUACGAAAGUGAAAUUAUGGUGAUGUGUGUUAACUUUAUGUGUGUGUCUGAGAAAGAAGUUGUUUCUGUUCAUAGUUCAUGACGCUAGUGCUUACAUUUGUCUAGUUCAAUGUAUAUUUUGAUAUAUAUCAACUGAUCGAUCACUUUAGUUUAGACCUGGUGUGCUUUAAUAGAGCUUUACAUAUCCAACUCAGGUGAAAUUAAUGUGGCAUUUUGUGGUGUCUUCACAAGGGGUAUUGAUACAUCUCCACAAAAAGUACUUUUAUUUUUCCCAAAAGAAAGUAUUCACAGCAGUAAUGCAUUUUCCAGUGCUGCCUCCUAUCCUCUAAGGACACAGUUUAGGUAUUAUUUAACCGAAGCAGCUCCUGCACUGAUAUCCUAUGUGUUCAAGGACACAGGGAACAUUCUUGUGCAAAGAGAUGUUUUAAUUACUUUACAAGUCAGAGAAAUAAAAUCACCAGAAUGAAUAAAACCUGCAAAAGUGUAAAGGCUUUUUAGUCGUGAGUUUAAUGUGUGUUAACGGCUAUGGUCACAACAAAAAUAUAAAAUUGUAACUGUUUUAAGGUGGCCUUUUACUUUAAGUGAAACCCAGGUGCUGCUGUGUGAACUGUCACUCUUGAUGGUAUAUAAAGGUAUCCACUGUGGCUCUAGCUCAAUGGUAGCAUUGUGUUCUGCUUCGCUGAGGCACGGCUGAAACUGCUCUGCUGCUUAUGGAAAGGGAUAUGCUUUAGAGGUACAUAUAGAAGCGUGCUCAUACUAACUUACUGUUUAAAACAUAACUGAAUACAUUACAUACACCUACGUACAGAGAGGCGGGCCUCAAGUUGAACAGAGUCACUACUGCAAGUUUUUUGAUCAAAAGGGAAUACUGUGAAAUACCAAGUGCAGCUGAGAUAAUGGACGCAGUCAGUCUAUUCAACUACUUCAGAUACCAAGAGUGGCAUUACGAUUAUGUGUGACUGUAUGUUUUACAGUCCUUAAAACAAUAAGUCCUUCCUUCAUUUAGAACGUGUCUACUUGAAUAAAGAAUGUUCAUGGUGAAGAAAAUGAUUAGAACAGCAAUAGCAGAGUAGUAUAAAUAGUAGCAAUUAUGAGUCAAGUCUUAAUUCUUUUCCAAACAAGUCUUGGUGCAAGUCUGAGUAUCUUAAAAGAAAAGUAACACCUAUUGAUCAGGGUUGUGAGUCAGAAGGGAACAAUGAAAUGCCAUAUUUGAAAAUGUUUCUUCUAAAGCUCUUAAUGGGGAUUUUUGCAUAAAGCUUGGCCUUACAAAUAUGUGUUCAAGUGGUGUGGCUAAGCAAUGCUUGAUUUUACUAAGUCAAAACUGGAGUCAAGUCACAAAGCCUCAUUUCUGUGACUUAUAGCAGAGCAAGUCUGCCUCUGGAAGAAAAGCAGUGUCAUAGGAUGUCAAAUUUGUGUUUUUCUAUAAUAAAUUGCUGUCUGUGUAUUACAUCUAAGUUACAGUCAUAUUGCUGAUGCAGAAGAAAGCACAGAUUAUGUUUAAGCAUGUAGAAAUGUAUCACACACAUGCAAAUGGCAGAGUUUCUUCUAUUGAAAAAGUGAUUAAAGUUAUUUCUUGUUGUAAAAUG